GGCUGUGUUGUCAGGGAGCUGGAAAGGGUCUGAAUUGUUGGGCUUGUGAAAGCUGCUGAAUGGGAGGGGGAGUCAGCUCAGCGCCAUCCAAAUGAAUAAUAAAAGGGAGAACCAAUGCAGCAUUUCCCUUAAAGAUUAUAGUUAAGCAGGUGCUGAUGAUGGAAGUCUUCUCCUGUCUGUACCAUGUUUUGGACACAUACCUGCACAGCAGGCCACUUCUGCAGCCACUAUGGGACUACCUGCGACUCCAUUAUUCUGAUACUCUUAGAUCUCCACUCUUUCCUGUAGUCCUUACAGUAUCAUGCUACAAUAUCUUCUGCAUUCCUUACCUCGUCUUUAACAUCAUGGGUAGAAGGUGGCCUUUUAUUCACAAGUACAAGAUCCAACAGGACAGAAAUCCAACUGGACCAAUGAUUCUCCAUUGCCUCGGAGUGACUCUUUACAACCAUAUGUUUUUCAUUUUUCCAGCUUCUGUAGCCCAGUGGUACUGGAGACCCCCAUGUCCUUUGCCAGAAGAUACUCCAAGCAUUUUAGAUGUAGUUGUUGGGGUAAUGGGAAGCCUUCUGCUUUUUGAUUUCCAGUACUUUAUCUGGCAUAUGAUUCACCACAGGAACAGGUGGCUAUACAAGACAUUCCAUGCCAUUCAUCAUAAAUAUAUGGCUCCAUUUUCUUUGGCCACCCAGUGUCUUGGGGGCUGGGAACUGGUGACUGUUGGAUUCUGGACCACAUUAAAUCCUAUAAUCUUCAGGUGCCACCUUCUUACAACCUGGAUAUUUAUGGUAUUCCAUGUAUAUGUGUCUGUUGAAGACCACUGUGGUUAUGACUUCCCCUGGUCCACAUGCCGUCUGAUGCCAUUUGGGAUAUAUGGAGGACCAAUAAAGCAUGAUGUGCAUCACCAGAAGCCUAUGAGUAACUAUGCUCCCCACUUCACACAUUGGGACAAAAUCUUUGGGACCCAUGCAGACUACAGUUCUGUCAAAGGCAUACUAGAGGUUGCUACCGUGAAUAAAACCUGCUGUACUAGCACACAGGAGGACAGUCUUUAUGAUGAAAGUGUAUCUCCAGCACACCGAGUCGCUGAAGAAAGGAGCAUUUAAAUAAUAUAUGAUAUUAAAACAGUUAUAUGCCUUUAUACAGUAUUUCAAUACUAAUGUGUUAUUGUUAUUUUAAAAGUAAUAGAUGAAGAAUCUAAGUUACUUAUAUGAUCUAAAUAAGGAAGAGCCAGUGUUCGUGGAUGUUAAUUAAUGGUACUGAAAGUUUAUGUUAGAAGCUUCUGUGCUGUUAGAAGGAAUAAUUUACUUUCAACUCCUGGCUCUUUGGCUGAACAGAAUAACCUCCAGCUUUCUCUUGCUUUUGUCUGUUACAUAUUGCAGGAGUCUGCUCUUGGUAAGCUAAGAGGGUGUAGGGAAAUGGUUUACAUACAAUGUCCAAUGUAGUAUAGUAUAUGUUUGUAAAUAAGUUUAUAAAGAAAACAUAUUGAGUACAGUAUGGAUAAUGUCAACAUUUCUGUAGUGUGCACAGAAACACUGUAGUAAUUCAUGGGUACCAAGCAUCAGUAAAUUUACUGACAACCAGUAAAAUAAAUGAAACUUUUCAUCUGUCGUUAAUCAGCUAUAGUAUGACAUCCAUAUAAUCUCUACAUUAUUCUCAAAAUAUCAUUCCAGAUUUUCUAAAAAGUAAAAAAACAAAAUAGUAUUGUAUCCAAGCUACAAUAGAUGUCAGUCACAGCCAAAUAACAACAUGACUACAGAAAUGUUCUUAUUAGUUAGUAACACACUGUAAUAAAAACAAUAAAGGUAGUGGGGAAUAUUUU